AGGAAGGGGAGUCUGGAGGGUACAUUAAAACCCUAAACCCUAACGUAAAGCCCCCCUCAUACUCAACGCUCUGGGCAUCAUACUCGAGUACUUAUUUUGUUUCCGAUUCUUUCUUCAAUGGCUUCGAGAUGCAACAGAAUCAUUAACAGAGCUUCGAUAUCGUCUCUCAAAUCCGCCAUUAAAUCGAAUUCUCAAACAGCUUCGUUGGCUUCUGUUAACAGAUCUGCAACGACGUCGUCUUCAAGGCUCCCUCUUCCAUCCAGAUCCACUACAUCACCGCUCGGUCGAUUCUCUCUGUCCAGAUGUCCAUCGGAGCUUGGAUGCGUGCAAUCGUUGUUGCCUCUGCACAGUGCCGUUGCCACCGCGAGGUUGAUGUCAUGCCUGAGCACAACAUCAAGGAGUUGCAGAGCUCUUUCACAGGGUACACUCUGCCGUACCUCUCCCAGCCUCUAGUAAUUUUUUGUUGUUUGAGUGGUUUUGGGGAAUCAAAGAUUCUUAGGGAUGACCAGAUGAGGUAGACAGGUUGUAUUGCAUGCGCUGACAAGAGCUUGGUCUGUCCGGUCCGAGGUGACUUUGUUAGCAGUCCUUCAAAGUGAUCUUCAUGUGAAUGGACAAGCAAAGUUUUGUAAUUCAUUCUGGCAUAAUUUCGUCAAGUACUUUUACAUUCUAUAACAGGAAAUUGUUUUCGACUUUCCAGCUCCGAUGAAUAUUUUUGUUGAAUGUGAAAAGAAUCUAAUGUUUCUUAUAAUUUGUUAAUGCUAUA